AUGCCUCCUCUAAAACAAAGACGUUUAGACCCUGCUGCGGAGUCCAGCCACAGGACAUCUGUUGAGAGGGAAGACACGGGGCAGCUGGAUGAUGCCGACUGUGAAUUGCCUCAGCACGGUGAACCCUCUUAUACAUCUCUGCGCUCCGAGGUUAAGUGGAGCUCCGUGCCGACGAAGUACCUCGGUGUGCCACUGCAGAAAUAUAAUGAUCCCAGUGAAUACUGGAACGACGAGACAGAAAAAUUAAGGGAGAAAGCGAACAAGUGGGGAGGAAAAAACCUAUCAAUAUUCGCGAGGUCAACAGUGUGCAACUUAUUCUUAGCAGCCAAAAUUUGGUAUGUACUUCAGGUGCUGUGCAUGAACCGCUCAAAUGUACAGAAGAUACACAGAAGUUUUGCCACUUUUGUUUGGGCCUCCACGUGGGAACGCACGAGCCGUACAAAUCUUUUCCGGUCAGUGAAAGCCGGUGGGUUGGGAUUAGCCCACUUAUUUCUAAGGCAGAUUGUUUCCAGGUUUAUGUUUCUGCGAGAUCAGAGCCAUCCUUUCUUACGUACUAUGCUACAAGUUAGAUUAUGCUGUUAUCUACCCGAAUUGGUUGUAUCCACUUGUUGUGCUGGGCGUAGCGGCAUUCAUGGUUAUCUCAACGAAGCUGUUUCGGCUUUUAACAUACUAAAAGUACGUUUUUCUUUACAGUACCUUGGUGUGGUGACAAAAAGACAAUUAUAUAAAGACCUUAUUGAUGUAAUGCUGCCUGUGCCGAUGUAUCGUGCGAUGUAUGAAAAAGGCCAGGGAAAAGACGUUCUUAAAACGGUUAAAAUAAUGGUGGUACGGCCAUCAGCAAAGACCUUUUUCUUUCAGCUACACACUGGUACACUUCCCGUAAAACCAUGGCUGCAGGAAAGGGGCUUAUUUGUUCCCUGGUCUGUUAAUUGUCUCCUAUGCCGCAAACCAGAGAGUGUCGAUCACAUUUUUUUGGACUGUUUGGAUGCUACGUUUCAUUGGGACAUCCUACAACGAACUUUAACAAAAGACUUACCUUUGACACCCCAUGGAAUCCGUUUCCUACCGGUUCACAGUGACAGUGGCAUACCGUACGACAUGUUUAUGCUGUUAAGUAUGCACGCUAUUUGGAAAUCAUGCAUGGCAUUUCGGCAUGUUGACGCGAAGGCCCGUUCUGUCAGAGAAUACUUCAUUGAAAGUAUAGCUUACAUAAGAGAUGCAUACAAUGCACGAGAAGAACAGCCGGAAUGGCUCCCUGUACUGAAUGAACUUGUAGCACUAAAGCGCUUUUAAACAAUUUAUGCCAAACAAAGUGUGAUUGGCGGUUUUAAUGCAUUGUUAAAUACUUCU